GUUACUAGGAUCUUUUACUAGGAAGUCUUCAACAUUCAACCAAUCUCAACCGUCAAAGUGGUGUACAUGCGAAGCGAACGUUCGACAAGUUUAGCCAUCUUGCAGUAGGUUAAGUACAGAAGAGUGAAAUUGGUUGGCCAACGGUGACAAGCUUCGAUCAUCGACGAGAAAAAAAUACUAUGAAGAAUUCAAUGCUGUUUUAUGUAAAUAACAUUUAAUCCGGUCGACAUGAAGAACAUGGCAGCAACAGAACCAUUCAGCGAAACAGAGACAUGUCCUUACAUCGGUAUGUAUGUGACCGACAUAUUGACGCCAAUAUGGUUCAGUGUAUGUAUUGGACUUAUAACAUGUCUGACAUUCAAAUCGUGUAAGAGACGUUACACUGGUACAAACGUCAAACCGAAUUCUGCUGCUAUAAACAUUACUCUUGAAUUAAAAUCCACGAUUAAUCAAUUCUCUGAAACCUUUAGUCGUGAUAUCAGAAUGACUAACAAAAGUCAGAUUGAGGAAGCGAUUAUACAUACACAACAGAAAUUCGAAGACACUAAAAUGGCUUUGGAAGAAAACCAACACGACUGUGCUGUUGAAGUUCUGUCAGCCAUUAAGAAAACAAACGCAUCUUUGAGUGCUGAAGUAAAGUCGAUAACAACCAAACUUUCUGAGUGCAAAGAGGAAUCCUUAAUGUAUACUAGGCAAAUGGUCGCAGACGCUCUAAUGGCGUUAGAUAAACACCAGCAAGUAAAAACAACCGAAGUAUUACUAACGACAACCGCUCUAAGUGAACAAAUGGAUGCCGCAAAAAAUGAAGUAAUCAAUGAAAUUUGGAAAACUAAACAAACCGAGCACCCAGUGGCGACAGAACCAGACGAAUACUCCUUACAACGGGAUGAGUUUCGUGAAAAAUUAAUAUGGUUCUACAAGACGACGAAGAUAACUGUGUCUGUUUCACCUAUAUUUGAGGGUCGAGAUAAACCAAUCUGGAAUAUCUUUGUGCUUCCGAUAUUGAAUUAUAUCACACUCGAGAAAGAUGGAUCCAGAAGGAAAACGGGCAACGCGGUACAUCAGUAUAAAGACAUAUUUUACAGUCAUGACAAGCUCCAUCGACGCGUGUUUAUUCAAGGAGAGCCCGGAAUGGGCAAAUCUACAUUCAUGACAAAACUUGCCCUUGACUGGUGCGAAGCAGCGUUAUUGCAUAAUCCCGAGAACACGUCUACAUUUAGUGAUGUCGAUACACUGAAUGGGUUCAAAUUCCUCUUUCACAUUUCUCUGAGAGAUGCCAUGGGUCAACGUGAAGUUAUACAGAUGAUUAAAACACAAAUUAUCGACAUGCAUCGUAUCUAUGGACGGGCUGAAUGAAUGGACUGAUCCUUUGAACAGAUUCACGGUACCUGUAUUGGCCAAUUGUUAUACUAAGUGCGUUUCGUUAAUUUCAUCAAGGCCAUGGAGAAUGGCGAAUGAGCGAAUUAAAGAUUCUGAAAUUGACAGACUACUUGAAAUACAAGGGAUAACUGAUCCAGACAAGCUCACAAAGCAUAUGAUCAUCAGUCUUCAGUUUGCCGAUCAAAAGACAUAUACUGAAUUUAUUGAAUACGUCAAAGCAAGUCAUUUGAUGCCUUUUCUUACAACACCAUGGCUGCAGACAUUGUUAAUAAGUUUGUGGAUGAACAAUAAAGACUGUAAUGGUUCAUUGUGCGAACUUAAUUGUAUUCUACUGGACCUACUUUUUAAGAAGGCAAAUGCAAAAGAAGGUUAUUUUAGAAAAGGUACUACUUUUAAGUGUUUAUCGAAUACGAGCUAUAUUGAACCACAAAACGACAUCUUAAAAGCCAUUGCUAAGGCUGCAUUUCAUUUCACUUUUUCUUUAAAAAAAUCUUUGGUGUUUUCAAAAUUUGAAUUACGGAAUUAUAUGUCAGAAGAUCAAUUGAAAUUCUGCCUCGACGCUGGCCUGUUGACGGUACUAUGUAAUAACAGAGUAUCUAUCGGUAGUCAACUAAUGUCUUUUCAACAUGAGACGGUUCAAGAAUUCCUAGCUGCAUUACAUGUAGCAAAUUCAAAGAUGAAUGAAAUAAAAAGUUUACUUAUCGAACAUACGUACAAUGUGUUAGAAAUGAGCCAGGUAAUAAUUUAUCUUUGCGGGCUUGAUUGCGGCAUAGCGAAUGAACUGAUAAACCGUCUAACUGACGGCGACUUCUUUAACGACAUGAACCAUGCUCUCAGCACUUAUAUCGUGCAUUUUGAAAAUAAGAAAUUGGAAGCAUUUAAUACAGAUUAUAAAACCAUAGGAAACAUUCGAAAAUCUAAAGAUGGGUGGGACAACGAUUCUCGUAUCUUAGCUGUAUCAUUCUUAUUCCAGCGCAUGAUGAUAGCUGGUUUCAUUGAGGCCAAAGCUAGCGGUCAGAUGGAUAUUUGUUUGAAGUGCAGAGACUUUACAUUCAACACAUAUUUGAACGAGUCCGAAUCAAAUGCAUUAUGUUCCCUGUUAAUGUACAACAAAUCCAAUGUCAGGACUCUUAUUUUAGAAAGUGAUAAACUGCAAAUAAGCGAACUAGUGACAGUCAUUCAACAGUCGAGUCAUUGUCUUGAACGUGUAAAGGCCAAAGUUGUUCCGGAAAUACAUAGAGCAUUCAAUAAUUUAAAGCUGCAAGAGCUGCAUUUGAUCGGAAGACUCAACGUACAAUCUGUAUUUGAUAUGCUUACAUCAAUGUCUAAUGUAAGGUUCUUAUUUAUAGAAGAUUCAACUUGUAACGAAGCAAUUUCUAUCCCUGCCACAUUAAAAUACUUCGAUUUGAAGAACAUUACAUGUUCUGAUGUGUUCCUUCAAAGGUUACUAGUGCAAUUAUCUUUACUAAAACAGUUUAAAAUUGUACAGUUCGAAAUGUGUGAUGUAAAUGUAUCGGAUUGCAAUAGAUCCAUUGUACAAUCAGACCCAUUGCCAAUGGACAUGUCAACUUUCCAUGUAAGCAUAAAACAGAGUAGUAUUUAAAUGUAUGGUGUGCUGCAAUAUAUACCAAUCGUUAAUAUGCGCCUUAUGACGGCUGUUGAUGCUGCAUUAGCAUCAGAUAUUUUACUCACAAACAGUAAAUUACAAAAUCUUUUGUUAGAUGGGACGUAUACGGGUGAUUGUUUUCUCCAGCUACCUGUGUCGUUACAAUGCAUCAGUCUUCAGGAUGGCGAAUGCUCCUCUGAGUGGCUAUCAAGCUUGUUAAUCAAGCUUUCUGAAUUAGAUCAUUCUGUACAGUGUGAACUGUGGGACUUUGUGGUGAAAUCACGUGGAGAAGAUUGCGGCACUGGUUCAAAAACACAUGUAUCUAAUUUGCGAUCUAAACUAUUGUCAUGUGACAUGUCUAAAAUCAAGCUUUUUGUAAAAACUGGCAGCAAGGAACUGUUUGUAAUAUUUCGUGACACAAGUAUAGGGAUAUUGGGCCUGAGAAACGCUGAUUGUGUUUUACAAACAUCAGACAUUCUACCCACACUCAGUAAAUUAGAAACACUUUAUUUACAAGGAACCUAUACGGGUCAUUGUGAUCUCCAGCUGCCUGCUUCUUUAAACUGUAUCAGUCUUCUGACAGGCGAAUGCUCCUCUGAGUGGUUGUGCAGCUUGUUAAUCAAGCUUUCUGAAUUAGAUCAUCCUGUUGAGUGUGUGCUGUGGGACAUUGUGGUUCAAUCAGAUUCAAAUACACAUGUAUCUAACUUGCGAUCUAAACUAUUGUCAUGUGACAUGUCUAAAAUCAAGCUUUUAGUAAACUCUGGCAGCAAAGAACUGUUUGUAAUAUUUCGUGACACAAGUAUAGGGAUAUUGGAUCUGAGAAACGCUGAUUGUGUUUCACAUACAUCAGAUAUUCUACCCACACUCAGUAAAUUAGAAAAACUUUAUUUACGGGGAACCUAUACGGGUCAUUGUGAUCUCCAGCUGCCUGCUUCUUUAAACUGUAUCAGUCUUCUGACAGGCGAAUGCUCCUCUGAGUGGUUGUGCAGCUUGUUAAUCAAGCUUUCUGAAUUAGAUCAUCCUGUUGUGUGUGUGCUGUGGGACAUUGUGGUUCAAUCAGAUUCAAAUACACAUGUAUCUAACUUGCGAUCUAAACUAUUGUCAUGUGACAUGUCUAAAAUCAAGCUUUUUGUAAAAACUGGCAGCAAGGAACUGUUUGAAAUAUUUCGUGACACAAGUAUAGGGAUAUUGGAUCUGAGAAACGCUGAUUUUGUUUCACAUACAUCAGACAUUAUACCAACAAUUAGUAAAUUAGAAAAAAUUGAUUAAUGGGGAACCUAUGCGGAUCAUUGUGCUCUCCAGCUGCCUGCUUCACUACACUGUGUCAGUCUUCAGACAGGCGAAUGUUCCUUUGAGUGGUUGUGCAGCUUGUUAAUCGAGCUUUCUGAAUUAGAUCAUCUUGUAGAGUGUUAGCUUUGGGACUUUGUGGUGCAAUCAUAUGGAGAAGAUCGCGGUACUGAUUCAAGUAUACGUGUAUCUGACUUGCGAUCUAACUUAUUAUCAUGUGACAUGUCUAAUAUUGAGAUAUUAGUAGAAAAUGGCAGCAAGGGACUGUUUGAAAUAUUUCGUGACACAGAUAUACGUAUUCUAGAACUGACAAUUGAUGAAGGUUUUUCCCAAACAUCAGAUAUUCUUCCCACACUAAGUAAAUUAGAAAAGCUUUUGCUAAGGGGGACGUAUACGGGCUAUUUUGCUCCCCAGCUGCCUUCAUCGUUAACAAUGUAUCCGUCUCGUUAAAUGCUGCUGCUCCUCUGAGUGGCUGUACAGUUUGUUGAUCAAUAUGUCUACAUUAAGUCACCAUAUAGAGUGUGAGCUGUUGAGCUGUGAAGUGUUCGGAGUUGAUUCAAUUAAACAUGUAUCUGACUUAAAAUCUACAUUAUUUUCAUGGGACAUACCUAAUGUCAAGAUCAUAGUAAACAAUGGCAGAAAGGAAAUGUUUGAAAUAUUUUGUAACACAAUGAUUGAGACCCUGUACCUGAGGACGGCUGACUGAAAAACGACCGACAUUUUUCACAGACCCAGGAAUUUAGAAACGUUUAUGCUAUGAGUUACGUAUACAGGUCGGUUUUCUCUACCACUGCCUGAAUUGUUACAAUGAAUAAAUCGCGGGUCAACAUAUUUUUACUGGUCACCAAAUCGGAAGCGUAAACCCUGUUCAUCAAAGCAUAUCAUCAAAUCAGCAGCAGUUGAUCAAUCUAUCUGCAUUAAGGCAUCCGAAGUGUGAGUUAUCGAACUGUGUAGUGCUCGGAACUGAUUCAAUUUCAAUUAUAAAUGUAUCUGACUUGCGAUCUAAACUAGUAUCAUGGGAAAUACCUAAUGUCAAGAUCUUAGUGAACGAUGGCAGAAGGAACUGUUUGAAAUAUUUCAAUUAUAGAGGAUCUGUACCUCAGGACGGCUGAUUGUAUUUGACAAACAUCCGAAAUCCUUCCCACACGAAGGAAAGUAGAAACAUUGUUGUAAUGAGUUACGUAUACGGGUCGAUUUGAUCUACUGCUGGCUGCAUCGUUCAGUCUUAAGAUAAUUGUAUGCUCUGCUGAGUGACUGUGUAGACGAAGUUUUCUUAAUUAGAUUAUACUGAAAAAUGUGAGCUUUAAAACUUUGUUUUAAAAGCAGGUAAUGAAGCAGGUUGCGUUGAUUUCAAUACUAUUUUUAGGACCUGCGUUCUGAAACAGUGUCAUGUGUCAUGUCACAAAUAUACGGCAGAAUGGAAUUGUAUGCAAAUUUAAAAGACAACAGUAUUAGAAGUAUAAAAAUCUAAAAUGUAAAAUAUAUUCAUAAGGAAGCAGGAAUUAUUGAAACCUUAGCCAAAUAAGCAAAACUAGAUUUUGAUGUCUUUAAAGCCAGAUGCCAACAACCCAAGAAAUUAUGAUAUUACAACAUAAUGCGUAUUUGUAUAAAUGCGUAGUUAUUUCAAGCGAGUCGUGUCACGUGUUGCAAAAUGAAGAUGUUUGUUAUGUUCAAUUGCAUAUCAUUAUUCUUAUUGAGUGUCAGACAUUGUGAAUAGCAGCGCACACAUAUAGCAACCCAUAUUCUGUACAAGCGCUGUACAAACGCAAAUAUCACACACCCUAUUGGAAAACGCGUGAAUCAAAUAUAUCGAUAGUACUUUAAUUAGCGGGAAUGCAAACUAUGGUAUUCGCCACGGGUAACCAAGUAAGCAACGUAAACCAUAGUCAGUCUCGCGUGUUCAUCGAGUCAGGAGCGCAAACCAUAAUCAUAAUUGCAGGUCACCAAGUCGGAAGCGCAAAUUAUGACGGACAUCAAGUCAGCAGUGUAAAUCAUAUUCAUUAAUCCGGGUCACUUAGUCCGGGCGCACAAAAUAGUCAUCGUCGCGGUUCAUCGUUAAAGAUGGGCAAAGGCAAUGUUCGCGGUGCACCAAGUCAGCAGCGCAAAAUGUAAUAAUUGUCGCCGGUUAUUACGUCAGGAACGCAAACAAUAGUCAUCAGCACGUGUCACCAAGUAAGCAGGGUAUGGUAAUUUUCGAAGCUUACUAUUACAGAAGCGCAGACCAUGACCAUAUUUGCGGUUAAACAAGUAAGCAGCGCACACCAUGGUCGCUUAUAAACAAAGCAGCUGCUUUUACACUGUCUUCAUUAUCGCGGGUCAUCAGUCAGAUGUAAAAAAAGGGGUCGUCAUCGCUGGUAAGCAGUGCAAACCCUGGUUAUCGAUACGGGUUAACAAGUCAGCAACGCAAACCAUUGUUAUUAUCGCGGGUAAAAAAAUCGCAUUGCAAUCUUUUGUCAUAAUCACGUUCACCCAGUCAUCAACGCAAGCUAUGCUCAAAAUUGCGAGUCACAAAGCCAUCAACGCAAACCAUUAUCACAGCUCCGUAAGUACGUAACUUUUGAAACAAGUUUGUUUUCGAGUGAAACCUCGGUACAUCGUUGAAACAAUUACCAGAGAUGCCCCGGACCGAGAACGAUCAUUUAAUAAUUAACAGGGAUUACGGCGCACAGCAAGUUAACAUAAACAAAGCUAUCUUAUAUACAAGUGAAAUAUUGUGUUAUUUAAUAUUGUAAAUAUGCUUCACAUAUUUAACGUUUAAUAUAAUUUCCUCGAGUUUUUGUUUAUCUAAACAUUGAGGAUAAGCACUGUUUAUCCAUUUUAUUUAUGUUCACGUUGCCUUUAUUGUUAUUGUCUUGCUUUGUUCACAUGUUAUUCGCAUAUUUUGGUAUUGAGGGUAAUUACGAGAACAGCGUUAUUUCGAUUAACCAUGUAUCAAAUUGAUUGUAUACUGUAUAAAUUUGGUACAGAACGAUAAUGCUGUUUUUGUAAAGAUUUGUUUUUAGUAUUAUUGGACUAGCGGUAUGAGAACAUAAUUUCAAAUUAUUGUAAAUAAUUUAUUAUGAUUAUACUGUAUUAACUGCUGUGUUGUUCUACAAAUUGAUGUACUGCAUAUUAUUGAACUGUAUGUAUCUGUGAUGACAUUUUUUUGCAUUUGCUAAAUUUAAUGUGCAUGUGUUUCAAUCCCCGAUGAACCCACUUCGAUUACAAAUAAGCUCAUACAUAUUCACGACCUUUCUACUUUUGCAUCAACAAUUUGCCGAUCGGCGUCAUUUGUGUGCGCGAAUCUAUACGACAAUUAUUUGCAUGCGUCAAUAUUGAAAUGACGUCUUUACAUUUUGCCAGCCAUUUGACGAAUUUGAUACACAGAAUUAAACGAGAUGUGUACGCGAAUAAAAAUCCGGUCUUUCCCGUAUGGUUGAAACAAUUGCAGGUUGUAUACACAUUGCGAUAUAAUAAAAUGAAUUAAAUAGCAAUUUCAUGUUUUCUGCAGUUAAUUGUCGUAUGAAUUGAUUUGAAAAUUACGCCGUCAGCGUGUGUGCAAAUAAGUCGUAAUUUACCCGACAGUUUACACACGUAUGACUAGUUACAUUUAUCCUUCAAAACUCGAACCUUAUGUCACUGCUUUGGACCUCGUUAAAUAGGUGGGCAAACUAUGAAUAAUAGAAACAUUCGAUGUGCGCAAAAAUCUAUAAUGCGUGAACAGGAACAUUCGCGGAACCACGGUACAUAUUUUACGAAAACGGUGCGCUUUGGUGCGCAACCAAACAUUAUGUUUUAUAAUAAGAAGUAUCAUUACACAUUCAUGGUUAAACUUUGUAUAUACGUGUGUUCGGGAAAUAAAUAAAAAACUAACGUGACAGUUAUGCAAUUUCUUACGAAAAACUUAACAGUUCAACUGUAUUAAAAGAUAAUCUUAAAACCCGUGAUAUCCGUUUAUUUUCCAUAAUCAGAUGUUAAAUACAUGUUUCCUGAAAAUUUAAAAGGAAUGAAAACAACAUAAACAUUAAAAAUAUUUAAACACGAGCAAAAGACAAUUGCUGAUCAGGUGUGUCCUUAAGGCCUGCUGUUACACCGGCGCCAUGUUUUAAUAUCUGAUUAAUCAUAAUUGAAAACAAUAUGUUUUGACAAUCUUUGCUGUUCUAUUACAUAGAAGCAUUUUCAUAUGUACCUUUACAAAGCUAAGAACAAAUCUGUAAACCAUUUGUUCAGUUUAUAUUUUAAAUAUAAUUAAUACGUAACUGUACACGUUUUAUAUAGUAUCCUCGCAUUUGCCAAUGUUUCUUCAAUGUUUUUCUCAUUUCAAACUCAAAAAUCCAAAAUAAAAAAGUGCUUACAGCUGCUUUGACUUUUCUUGAUUAACGUCAUGUUUUGUUUGUUCAAAUGUGAUGUGUGUAUUUGUACUAUAUGGUAUUAUCUUCAUUUCAAGUAUUUUGUAAGUGUAAUGUUAUUAUGCAGUAUACAUGGUAUAUAUAACAAAGUUCUUUACAGUUAUGUGCAUAAUAUUAUUUAAUUAAGUGCACUUUGUGUACCUGUAUUACAUGCCGUAGCGCAAUAUAUCUAUACGCAAAUGUGUCCAAUAUCUUCCACGUGACUCAAAGAUCAAUUAAUGCAAUCGCUUAGAAGCGGAACGAGCACGGUACAUUUUCACGGCAUACAUUCGCCACACAUUGUUUGUGCUGAAUUAUAUUUGAAACCAAACGCUUUUACUAACUACGUUGCUAAAUUUGUCUUAAGUUGUUUGUUUUAUUUGUCUAAAGUUGUUUGUUUUAUAUUGUUUAUGAAUGACAUAUGUGCCGCCUAAAGAUUCAACUUAGUUGAAUAAAAUUUAGGGUUGCAUUUUAUACAUGUUGCUUAAAUUAACUUAACUUAUUUUAUGAAUAUGUUUUUUUAAUCCAUUUAAUUGUGGAAGUUAAUAUCUGCCUACUCACUAUUUACUGUAUGUCCAGUAACAUUAAAAUAUGCGAAAAUUACACUAUGCAUACUAUUUACGGAAAGUAUUGUCGUCAUUGAAACAUAUGUGUUCUUGCAAAAUCGAUUUUUUUAUUAAGUUUCGUUUACAUUCGAAUUAAUAGUUGUAUAUCAUUAAAGUUGCACAUUUUCACAUUUGCAUUUAAGGAAUACAUCCUCAUUAAAUUCAACACAUAGCUUUGUUAAGCUCAAUUACGCUUGCAUGUUAUUUUUUGUCGAAAUAUUCAUGGUAGUUUUUAUAGGGAUUUUAAACAGUUUGAUGCGCUUUGAAGCAAAUGAAAUCUUUAAAUAUUGAACAGGUAGUCAUAUGCAAUACAUGUAUUUGUUUAUAUUUAUUAUUUUAUAUAAUAAUAUUUCAUAAAGUAGUGCAGUGUAUAAUGGUCAGUUGAAUCAAGAGUAUUUAAUAAUCGCAGAAUAGACGUUAAGCACCCUUUUCUUUAUUUGCAAUAGCUCUUUUCAAAAGAAAAGCAUGGGAGCGUAUUUCGUUAUAAGAAUAUAUAAUUGUAAAUGCAUUGUCAUGCAUGCCAUGUCAUGUUGGCAUGUAAUGUUGUAUUCUGUUUUAUAGUGACUAGCCUAGCUUAUACACUGUGUAUUUGUUGUAAAAAGAGCUUCAGGUUCUAUAUAAAUACCGUGUUUGCAAUGUUAAAUAAUAUUUCAUAAAUGUUUUAACGAUUUCGAAUAGCGACAUACUCAAACACGACGGUUUUAUACCCAUCACAGAGUUUCAAUAUUGUUAUAUAAAACAUACUUCUUGAAAAAUCAUAGUUUGUUUCGUUCAGUUGCGCGGUAGAUGCAUCGCACUCAAGAUUUAACCCGCAUGCAUCUAAGCCAACGGCUGUACAAUUAUUUGACAACAAAUAAUGACAAACAAGCACCGGUUAAUUUCGAUUCUAACACGGCUUUAAGACUUUUUACCGUAAAUGUCUUUUGAAUUGAACGUACUUUUUCGUUCGAAGCUGAUUCAAUAACCGUCAACUCCGGCUGUUCCAUCGAUUAAUUAUACUCAUAUCGCUAAACAAGUAUAGUCCCCUCGAUAAACGGAUUGAUGUUAAAAAAAAUAAUUAAGUGAUCAGUAUAUAAUUUUAUCAAUCGUUAACGAGAACAAAAACUCAAAUUUCAAUAAUUUCAAAUGUGUACUAUAUAGAUGUAUGAUAGUAGAAUGAUUGCAACAUAGCACUUUUUUCAAUGUGCGUUUAUAAUUGAGAUUCAUUUAUUUUGUGAUGUUUACAAUUUUCAUGCUGAAAAUAAACAAGGCCUGAACAGAUUUUGCGUUUGUUCACACGCUUUUCGCCGCGAAAAACUUAUCCCGCUUAUGUAUUUAGGUUUCAAACAUUUGAUUUGAAUCGACCAAAAAAAAAUACCUAAGGCUACUUGAAAUGGAACUUCUUUUUUGAGUGGAAUAACUUAAGUGUGAUUUGUUGAAUAUGUGUUGUUGUUUUUAACAUCUGAUUUUUUGCGGCAAGCAAACUUGUUUCGUCUUACAAACUUGACAUGUUUAAUAUUGCCAGUAUGAUAUUGAAUACGACCUUGUACAAAAAGAUCUAUUGUUAAAGCAUUGUGUUUACAAUGAUCGUGGGAUAAAUUUAUAUUAUAACCUUAUAACAACGUUAUGUAUAUUAUUAUGCGAUCGGUCAUUGUUUUUCUAUACAUGGUUAGUUGAAGUUAUUGUUUUCGUGUCUUUGCGUUUGGUACUGACACAAUCGUUCUGUAAGUCCGUUACAUUAUUGCAUUCGCCUGUCAAUAAGAGCCAUUUGUGUAAACUCCGCCAUAAAUCAAAAUGCAUUAAUGCCGCAUGAAUAUAAGCGUACGUCCUGUAAAUGCAUUCAGUGUGUGGUAUUUAGAUUUUGUUAUAUGUUUGUUUAGCAGUGCAUUUUAAAACUAUGACAUUGAUUUUCAAUAGUCAUAUUACUAUAUGCCUUAACAAUACUAUCCAUAUUAAAGUGCGUAGAUUGUUAUCUGUAAUUUCUUUUUGAAAUCAUUUAUAUUAACGAACAUGUGUUUACCAUGGUUCUUUGUUAUUUGUGGUAAUAAUAAUUAGAUCAUACGCAAAACGUCCAAGUACGAUAAUGGGCAUUUUUGGGUGAAUACAAUAUAUACGCUUCUGUAAAUGUUGUAUCAUAAAGGAUAUCAAAUGUCAAAUGUUUAAAUUGAAGAUUACUGAACACACAUUGACGCCCUUAUUUUUGACAUCUCCGUGUUUUAGUAUGCAUGUACUUGCGUUAUGUUCAGAUUUUUAUUCGUAGAUAUCUUGAUAAAAAAACAAGUGUUUGGUAAUAGUUUGAAGUUUUGCGUGUUAAAGAUUGAAUGUUCAUAUAUGUUAACUACUAACUCUUUAUUGAAAGUGUCAAACAAUAACUGAUUGUAAUUCAAUAAGUACAAUAAAAUCUGUUAAAUCACAA